AUGAUUCCGCUCGUGCCGACGCUCGCACUUGCGAUGCUCUCCUUCAUAUGCUCAGCUUUUGUCAUUCUGCGUAUAGUAAUUUCCAUCUUGCCUCCUGGUCCAUUCAGCAGACAUGUCCCUCCUUCCGAGUUUGGACUCCCUAACUUCCGCUCUCUCACCCCGGCAGAUAAAUCACACAUCUGGCUCGCCACGUGCGACCUCGCCGCGCUCGUCCUCUUCGUCUGGCAAGCCAUCGACGAGACGACCGGCGGCCCUCAAGACUUUGCCGCCGCUACCGACGCCGGUUCCGCCGCCCGCCUCUGGCUCGCGAUCACCCUUCGCCCUACGUGUCUCCUCGUGGUCUCCGCUCUGACCCUGCUACACGUCCGCCUCGGGCGCCCGGUCUCCUUCGGCUGGAAGCACUGGAUCCUCUGGGCACCCUUAAUCAUCAUGGUCGCCACCGGCGCUGGCGUCGCCACCACGCUCGCGGCCAUCGACAAGUCGAGCCUGUUCGUCGGUCUCGCCGCGUACUCGACCGCCGUCGCCGUCCUGUCUAGCGCCUGCUUCGUCUCCCUCAUCGCCACGCUCGUCAUGAUCAAGCGCAACCUGACCCGCUCCGAUGGCCCCACGGACCAGUGGCCGCCCAUGCGUCAGGUCGAGGAGAAGCCGCGUCCGUCGUUCGCCACGGAAGACGUCGACGGCCUCCGUGACGGCAGCUCGUGGAUCACCUCCAACGCGAGCUCCCGCCGCGACUCCAUCUCCGCCUUCUCCUUCUCCACCCAUCACUCGGUCCGCCCGCCGACCCCGACUUCCAUGCGCAUCAAGCGUGCCAUGGCCGCGUCCCAGCCCUCGGUCGCGCCCAAGUCGUCGUUCUGGUUCGGCCCUGCGACCCCGGGCACGGCGCCCUCCGGAGCGCGCGAGGCGUCCGUUCCGCCCGUGCCCCCGCUUCCGUCGCCGUACGGCCCCACACCCAUUUCGCCUACCGGCAUGGCCAUCAACGACGACGUCGACCCGUUCAGGCGCGAAGAGACGCCGAUCCCUCCGGAGCAUCACCACCACCAACGACUCCGCAUGGGCUCGCAGACCUCGUGGCUUACCUCCAACUCGGGUAACUCGGAGGCCACGCUCUCCGCCUGGUCCUUCCCGACGACGCACGCCACCCACGCGGGCGCCAACGAGUACGCUGCGGUCCGCCCCAACACUCCGGUGCCUAGCACACCGUAUGCGACGGAACUGCCCCCGACGUCUACGGCUGUCUCGCGCCCCAUCACCCCUGCGUUGUCCAGUGCUCAAGUGUUGGGCGGGUAUGGCUAUGCUCCCGAGGCUGCUCGUGCGGAGAAGGGAGUGGGUUCUAUCGCCACCGUCCCGUCCGGAGACCUCGACGUCUCCGUCUACCGUACCGUCGGUUGGCUUGUCACCAUCUGGGUUCCCCUCGCUCUGGCGCUUCCUUACUUCUUCGCGGUCUCGCCCCAUGGCGUUACUCCGUCCGUCGCCAGCAUACUCCUGGUCCUGUCGUCCACGUUGUCGUCGCCCAUUUUGGCCUUCAACAUCCUGUUCCGCUCGCCCAUCCCGAUCCCCUCUGGUCUUUUUGAAAGCUACAGCGAGCCACCGUCGAUCGUCAACCGUGCCCCGUCUCCCGGAGGGCUCGAGCGCCUCUCGCGCGAGUACAAGCGCAGCGGGAGUGUGACCGUCGUCGAAGGCAAGCGCAGCACCGACGUUUGGCUCGUGAACGGCGACGCGAAAGACGGGCAGGGCAAGGUUGGCCGCGCAAUGGGCAUGCUGCAGCCCAAGCCGAAGUUAUCCGUCAUGCCAAUCCAGGACGAGGAAGAGCCCGUUACGCCCCCGUUGCCGAUCCAGUACGAGGAUACUCCCGCGCCCACUGUCCCGCCGACGCCCGCAUCUGCGACGAGCGCCGAGAUGGGCCGGAUCCGGAAGGAAUCGAAGGCGUCAUCGUACUACUCGGGCGCAGACGCAAGCAUCCAGCACGCCGCGCGUGUCAUGGUCGCGCAGAAGCACUACUCCGCGCUCGCAAAGACGUUCGUGCUCCCUCCCUCGCCCGAGCAACGUGCAUCCAUGGCUGCCGCCGCCGCGGUUACCUCCGCGGCCAGCGGCGUGCGCCUCAUCAACACCACCGGCCACCUGCGCUCCCGCUCUACCUCGUCUGUGAACAGCGCCCAGAUGCCGCUCAGCGCGCCGCCGAACUUGCCACUGCCCCCCACACCGCCGUCGGUCAAGAACGCCCGCCUCGCCAAGAUGCGCAAGACGCACAAGCGCUCGCAGUCCUCGGUCUCGCUCCCGACCGUCCCCGGCGCGAACGACUCUGGCUUCUCCUUCGGCGCUGUCGAUGACGUGAACCAGAUCGACGCUCUGUCUGCCAAGGUGCUCCCCAUCCUCGUCCCUGGGCUCAAGGUGGGCGAGGGCAUGAAGAUCACGCCGGACUGGAACCGGCCGCGGGCCGGCACGCUUGCGCGCCACGGCAGGGUCUCGGACGCGCCGACGUCUCCGGGCAACGGCGACUGGUCCAGCAUCGGCGAAUUCUCGUCUCCGGAGGUGCACUCCACGCCGCUGAAGAACGGUCGGGGGCUGCGGACCAAGAAGGUGUCGGGACACAAGCGGCACCAUUUCAGCAUGCCUAGCCUCAGCCUGGGAAAAGACGCUUUCCAUAUCUCCAAUUGGGAGAUCGAGCAGGACGUCAAUGUUGCCACGGAAGAAGGGAAACGCCACGACGCGCUCGCCAUGCCACACCUCCUCGACGUUGUCAAGGAAGAAGACGAACGCCGGCCGGUCUCCCUCGACGUCCCCGCCGGUGUCGACACCGCUCGCUCAUCCCUGUUGACGCUCCUCGAGAAGGCGAUCGCCCCCGUUCCUCCGUCCGCGAGUUCGGAAGUGACCCUGUUCGACUGGGACGCCGCCACCGGCCCGCAGGCCGAGAGCACGCCGCACGACCAUAAGGCGCGCGCGAGAAAGGUGGCGCAGGAAGCGGUCCCGCCGCUGCCCACUGCUUCCACCCGCCGGUCGAGCAUCGUCUACGUCCGAUCCGACGACCAGCCCGCUGUCGGUACGGAGCGUCCGCAGUCGAAGCGUUCGAGCAUCGUUUACGUGAAAUCGGGCGACGAGAACGCCCCUCCGGCGGAAGGCGCUAAUGUGCAAAGGUCGACCUCCGGUCGCUUUGCGCAGUGGGGUGCCCGCGCCGUUCGCCCGCUCAAGCCGAAGGCGAACAAGGGCAAGGUGUCCCCGCCGCCGUCCGGGCAGUCAUCGUCGCCUACCGGCCUUCGUCCGCUCUCGCUGCUCCAGGAGCGCAACGCCAACGUGUCGACGGAGAGCGCGCACGGCGUCCGUCCUCUCACCCUUGGUCGCAAGAAGAAACUGCAAGAGGGUAUGGACCCCGUUGCGGAGAACGCAGCGCUUGCGGAGGUUGGCAACACGAACGCUGGUCUGAAGCCUCUGAAGCUUGCCCGGUCGGAGACGGCGAAGAAGCGCGGAUUGCUGAUGAACCACGCGGGCGUCCCCGAUGUGGUCGUCCGGCCCCCAUCUGCCAGCGAGCACGUCGGCUUUGGCUACAGCUUCCGGUAAAGAAAAAAGAAGGGAAAACAUCACACUCAGAAACUUACCCUUCGGGGGACGGCUCAUCAAAGUCUGCUCUUUCAAAAUUCGUACGCUGUCCUAUGUUUUUUUUUGCUACGCUGUCUAUGCUCUCUCAUCUCCUCCCCAUCUCAUCAUGAUCCUGAAACCGAAUGUAUCGUCAAUCUGCUCUCCCCGACUCGUCUCCAUGUCAUAUGCUGCUAGUCUCUCGUCCAUUACG